GGCUGGGCACCACUGCAUCUUUGUCCUCCGUUUCUUUACGCCGAGCGGGUGGUCCGCCAGCAUUUUCUGAUCGGUGUCCCGGGCGGGGGGCGGCGGCAGAGGCCGGUGCGGGGCGCACGGCAGAGGCGGCCCUGCGUGCUGCACGCCGCGUCCAGGGCGCGCCCGCCGCUAUCCAGUUUCCCGGGCUCGUCAGCAGGCGCGGUGUGCGGCGCGGCGCGGGCGCUCACAAAGGGCUGCGGCGGCGGCGGCGGCCUCGCGGACCGAGCCGGUGGGGGCGGCCGAACAACCGCGCAGCCCUGUGCCCGGGCCAGAGUCCGAAAGAUUUAAGCGCUGCUGAAGCUCGCGCGGGCACGCACGCCUGCCGCCAAGGCCAGGACCGUCCUGCGGAUGGCCGAGAGUCCUCUGGGGCCUGGAGAUUCGGGCGGCUGCCUCCCGGUGACGAUGGCUGCGUGAGCGUCCGCCAUGGCCAACCGCAAGCGGCAGAGCACAGCGAGCAGCAUGCUGGAGCACCGCGCGCGGCCGGGCCCCGGGCCCCACGGGCAGGAGCCCGAGAGCCAGGACGCGGAGCUGCCGCUGGAGGCCUACGCGCCUCCGGGCCUGGACCUGGCCGCCCUGCGGCCCGAGAGCCCCGCCCCCCUGGCGCAGGACGGCCUGGCGCACAGCCCGGACGGGGACUCCAGCUCCGACUACGUGAACAACACCUCGGAGGAGGAGGACUACGAUGAGGGCCUCCCCGAGGAGGAGGAGGGCGUCACCUACUACAUCCGCUACUGCCCAGAGGACGACAGCUACCUGGAGGGCGUGGACUGUGACGCGGAUGCAUACCUGGCCCGUGGCGCACGCCCCCUGGACACGGAUGAGUGCCAGGAGGCGGUGGAGGAGGAGUGGACGGACUCGGCCAGCCCGCACCCCUGCGGCCGUCUCCCGGUCCCCGAGGACGAGGCCUCCGAGUUGGGGGCCGCGGACCAGGAGGACGGCUUGCCCUACGGCCCCGGCGAGGAGGCCUACCAGGACUACUACGCCCCGGAGGCCAACGGGAACGCGGGCGGCGUGUCUCCCUGCCGCCCGAGGCGCGGCGCCGGCGACUCGGAGGACCAGGAGGAGGACAUCGACCAGAUCGUGGCCGAGAUCAAGAUGAGCCUCAGCAUGAGCAGUAUCGCCAGCGCCGGGGAGGCCAGCCCCGAGCACGCGCCGGUGCGAGGCCCGGAGCCGGGGCCCGGGGCUCCCUCGGAGGCCUGCCGGCCCGGGGAGGCCAGCCGGGGCCCCAGCAGACACGAGGGGAGGCCCAAGUCGCUCAACCUGCCCCCUGAAGCCAAGCUCCCUGGGGACGCCCAGAGAGGCUUCAAGACCAAGCCCAGGACCCCUGAGGAGAGGCCACAGUGGCCCCCAGAGCAGGUCUGCAACGGCUCCGAGCAGCCCCGGAAGCAGCAGCGCUCCGACCUCAACGGGCCCGCGGACAACAACAACCUCCCGGAGACGAAGAAGGUGGCCUCCUUCCCCAGUUUUGUGGCUGUUCCAGGGCCCUGCGAGCCAGAGGACCUCAUCGACGGGAUCAUCUUCGCAGCCAACUACCUGGGGUCCACCCAGCUGCUCUCGGAGCGGAACCCUUCCAAAAACAUCCGGAUGAUGCAGGCGCAGGAGGCCGUCAGCCGGGUCAAGAGGAUGCAGAAAGCUGCUAAAAUCAAGAAGAAAGCGAACUCUGAGGGGGACGCGCAGACCCUGACCGAGGUGGACCUCUUCAUCUCCACCCAGCGGAUCAAGGUGUUGAAUGCGGACACACAGGAAACCAUGAUGGACCACGCCCUGCGCACCAUCUCCUACAUCGCGGACAUCGGCAACAUCGUGGUGCUGAUGGCCCGGCGCCGCAUGCCGCGCUCGGCCUCGCAGGACUGCAUCGAGACCACGCCCGGCGCGCAGGAGGGGAAGAAGCAGUACAAGAUGGUGUGCCACGUGUUCGAGUCCGAGGACGCCCAGCUGAUCGCCCAGUCCAUCGGCCAGGCCUUCAGCGUGGCCUACCAGGAGUUCCUGCGGGCCAACGGCAUCAACCCCGAGGACCUGAGCCAGAAGGAGUACAGCGACAUCAUCAGCACCCAGGAGAUGUACAACGACGACCUCGUGCACUUCUCCAACUCCGAGAACUGCAAGGAGCUGCAGCUGGAGAAGCUCAAGGGUGAGAUCCUGGGCGUGGUGGUGGUGGAGUCCGGCUGGGGCUCCAUCCUGCCCACCGUCAUCCUGGCCAACAUGAUGAACGGCGGCCCGGCCGCCCGCUCCGGGAAGCUGAGCAUCGGCGACCAGAUCAUGUCCAUCAACGGCACCAGCCUGGUGGGGCUGCCCCUGGCCACCUGCCAGGGCAUCAUCAAGGGUCUGAAAAACCAGACGCAGGUGAAGCUCAACAUCGUCAGCUGCCCACCGGUCACCACGGUCCUCAUCAAGCGGCCAGACCUCAAGUACCAGCUGGGCUUCAGCGUGCAGAAUGGAAUUAUCUGCAGCCUCAUGCGGGGAGGCAUCGCCGAGCGAGGGGGCGUCCGUGUCGGCCACCGCAUCAUCGAGAUCAACGGGCAGAGUGUGGUGGCCACGGCCCACGAGAAGAUCGUGCAGGCGCUGUCCAACUCGGUCGGCGAGAUCCACAUGAAGACCAUGCCCGCCGCCAUGUUCCGGCUCCUCACGGGCCAGGAGACCCCGCUGUACAUCUAGGUCCCACGGAGCAGGGGCCGGACCUGCCCCCGCAGCCCACCUGAGGCGGCUGGCUCCCCGAGGGGCGCCCUCGCCCCCCCUUUUCCUGACACGAGGGGCGCGUCUGUCCGAGGAGCGUCGCAGGAGCCCGUCUCCACGGAGCAGCCCA